AAUUGAAGGUCAAUUUAAGGUGUACUUUAAUAAUUAACAAAACCGACUCACUAUUAUUUAGUGGUGAGUUCUUUCAAUCCAAAAACAAUGUUCCGCAACAUAUUUAUGCUUAAUUGACCCUGACCCUGUAUAAUUAACCGUUUACUGUGUAAAAAAUGUAUGUUUUGUAGGUGGUGUAUAGCCACGACGAAUGAACCAGCCUUACACACGAUCCAGUAACAGAUUAAAUGUUAAAUGAUUUAUACACUUCUAAAAUUCAGUUGAUAAUGUUCGGUGCAGUAUUGUUGUUACUAUACUGAUCUUAUACAUGUAAUUGGAUUAUUUUCUCUUUUUAUGUUAUUAUUUAAAAAAAACACCAGAGCGUUGUGGUAAAUUCAAAGAAAAAUCUAAUUCUCGACCGCAACAAGAUUGAUUGAAAACGCUAUACAAACGGUUGUGACAUAAUGACGAAGCUUUCGUCAGCAUCAAACAAAUCGCUUCACCUGACUGGUAUUGGUUUAGCAGUACAAGCUUUCUACAUUAACCUGACUUUAGAUACCGUACUGGGUGGAGAAUACGUACAGCUUAGACCAGCUGGUCCACCUGUUAUCAACUCAGCUGGCGUAUGGGGAGUAGACCAGAUACCACAGGGAUACGGUUCGGCUGGUAGUAAUCUAGCUCUCAAUGGCCUUCAGGCUCUCCAGACUUUUGGUGGUAAUAAAAUAGAUGCUAAUGGAUACAGAGACCAAAACGGAUUUUAUCACGACAAUAAUGGUGCCCAGAAUGGAUACGAUGUUGGCAACACAUAUGGCGCUGUAAAAGAUCACGGUGUGACUAGUGUGGAAGGAGGCGCUUAUGGAGGUAUCAAUGGUCGUAAUAAAGGACAUCAAGUUGCUGGAUUUAGUACUUCUUAUCAAAAAAAUGAGAGUGGAAACAAAGCCACGUAUUAUGAUGAUGGCUUAGGACACGGAGGAGUCAUCCAAUACGGUGCAAAAGAUCAAAGAUUUAGAGAUGGAGCGGGUAAUGCGUAUGGUGGAGGCUACCACGAUUCAUCAUUAAAAACUAACGCAAUUGGUCAACAAGGUCAGUAUGGAAACGGAGACGGUUAUCAUACGGGCAGUGGUCAAGCAGGGGAUGCAGCGUCAGGUUCUUUGUACGGUUCUAGGGCUGAUUCGGUUGGAUCUGACGUUGUAGCUGGCACUCCAUUUUCGGUGGCUACUCCAGAACCUCUUCCACCAAUUGUUCAUUUGCCAACACAGUAUGUGGACCAAACUCAAUAUCAACCUCAAUUUCCGUUUGUGUCUCAAGCUCAAUUCGUAUCUCAAGCUCAACAUGUUCCGCAUGUACCGAUCUUGUCCCAAGCACCCGCCGUAGUGUCACCAGCUUCCUUAUACCCUACUCCUAUACCACAAUUAACUCCAGUCUUAUCACAAACAUCAGUUCUACCACCUUUUGGAGUUCACUUACCUGCCCUAACGCUAUCUGCCCGAUCGCCAUCAGGCCAAUAUGUGGUUCCGACGCCUCCAAAAUUAUACGUAGACAAACCAACAAAAAGUUGAAAAUAAUAGAAAAAAAUACAUAUUUUGUGAUUUUCAUGAUCGUUAAAAUGCUAUUAUUAUUUAAAUAAAAUUCGUUUUUAGAAUGUA